GCCCAAAUUGGUGACAUCUGGCCAAAAGGCACGCGAGUAGCAACGCUCGUCGUCCCACGGGCCAAGCUCUCCUUCGCAUCAUCGCCUCAAUCAACCACCUAGGAGCUGGCUCAUUGAAUAGCUUGUUCCCUCUCCCCCUUCUUCCGGCCACGUGCUCUUGUCUGGCAACCCGCCUACCGGUCCUCCACCAUGUCCAAAACCUUCAUCGGCAACGUCAAGAGCGUCCAUAGCGGCGACACCUUGGUGCUGACGAGCCCCAAUAACCCCGCCGCCGAACGAACCCUCUCGCUCGCCUACGUCAGUGCCCCGCACCUGAGACGAGACGGCGACGAGCCCUUCGCCUUCCAGUCCCGCGAGUACCUGCGAAACCUCGUCGUCGGCAAGCCCGUGCAAUGCACCGUCCACUAUGCCGUCCCGUCCGGCCGCGAGUUCGGCACCGCCAAGCUCAAGGACGGCACUGAGCUGCCCGACGAGCUCGUCAAGGCUGGCUGGCUAAAGGUCCGCGAGGAUGCCGGCCGGAAAGAGGAGUCGGAGGAGAUCCUGGAGAAGCUCGAGAAGCUCCGCGCCCUCGAGUCGCAGGCCAAGAGCGAGGGCAAGGGCCUGUGGGCUGGCGUGGGCGGCGUCAUCGAGCUGCAGAACGACCUCGGCGGCCCCGACUUCAUGAAGGAGUGGAAGGGCAAGACGGUCGACGGCAUCGUGGAGCGCGUUUUAAGCGGUGACCGCUUGCUCGUCCGCCUGCUGCUCUCGGACAAGAAGCACGUCCAGCCCAUGACCCUCCUCGCCGGUGUCCGCACGCCAUCCACCGAGAGGCUGGUGCCGUCUACGGGCGCCACGCACCCGGCCGAGGAGUAUGCCAACGAGGCCCGCCAAUUCGUUGAGACGAGGCUGCUUCAGCGCCAGGUCAAGGUCGAGAUUGUUGGUGCGAGUGCCCAGGGCCAACUUGUUGCCAACAUUAUCCACCCUCGCGGCAACAUCGCCGAGUUCCUUCUGCAAGACGGUCUCGCCCGUUGCAACGACUUCCACUCCACCAUGCUGGGCGAGAAAAUGGCGGCUCUACGUGCUGCCGAGAAGCAGGCUCAGUCCAAGAAGCUUCGCAUCCACAAGAACCACGUCGCCAAGACCGAGGCCGGCAGCCAGGAGAUGACCGUUACCAAGAUUGUCGGCGCCGACACCAUCAUUGUCAAGAACAAGGCCGGCACCGCCGAGAAGCGAAUCAACUUCUCCAGCGUCCGCGGCCCUCGCGCCGGCGAGCCUUCCGAGAGCCCGUUCCGUGACGAAGCCAAGGAAUUUCUUCGCCAGAAGGUGAUUGGGAAGCACGUCAAGAUCAGCAUCGACGGAACGAAGCCGGCGACGGAGGGCUUUGAGGCCAGAGAGGUCGCCACUGUCACGGAGAAGGGGAAGAACAUUGGCUUGAUGCUGGUUGAAGCUGGGUGGGCCUCGGUCAUCCGACACCGCAAGGACGACACGGACCGUGCGUCCAACUACGACGAGCUCCUCGCUGCGCAAGAAAAGGCCAAGGAAGAGGGCAAGGGCAUGUGGUCCGGCAAGCCUCAAAAGGCGAAGCAGUACACCGACUUGUCUGACAAUGCCCAAAAGGCAAAGAUCAUGCUGGCCACGCUGCAGCGUCAGAAGAAGGUUCCUGCCAUUGUCGACUUUUGCAAGGCCGGGUCCCGCUUCACUGUCCUCAUUCCUCGGGAGAACAUCAAGCUCACCAUGGUGCUGGGUGGUAUCCGCGCCCCUCGCGCUCCUCGCGCUGACGGAGAGGGCGGCGAGCCGUUUGGCAAGGAGGCGCUGGAGCUGGCGAAUCGGAGAUGCAACCAGCGCGACUGUGAGGUCGACAUCCACGACAUGGACAAGGUCGGCGGCUUCAUCGGCGAGCUGUACAUUAACCGCGAGAACUUCGCCAAGGUGCUGGUCGAGGAGGGCCUCGCAUCGGUGCACGCCUACUCGGCCGAGAAGUCCGGCAACUCUACAGAACUGUUCGCCGCCGAGAAGAGGGCCAAGGAAGGCAAGAAGGGCCUGUGGCACGACUACGACCCCUCGCAGGAGGAGAACGGCGAGGAGGAGGCGCCCGAGGAGACGCCACAGGAGAGCGAGGUGACGCUGGACAAGCGGCCGACCGAUUACCGGGACGUCAUGAUCACCAACAUCGACAGCAACGGCAAGAUCAAGAUCCAAGAGAUCGGCAAGGGCACGUCGGCGCUGGAGACGCUGAUGAACGAGUUCCGCAAGUUCCACCUGGACUCUAAGAACAGCAAGCCGCUGGGCGAUGCCCCCAAGGCGGGCGACUUUGUGUCCGCCAAGUUCUCCGCGGAUGGCCAGUGGUACCGCGCACGCGUCCGCGCCAACGACCGCGCCGCCAAGGUGGCCGAGGUCAUGUUCGUCGACUACGGCAACAGCGAGAAGGUACCAUGGUCGAGCCUGAGGCCGCUGGACCAGGGCCACUUCGGCACGCAGAAGCUCAAGGCGCAGGCCGUGGACGCAUCGCUGUCCUUUGUGCAGCUCCCGACGGGGGCCGACUACUUUGAUGAGGCCAUUGGGUACAUUGCGGAGCUGACGGAGGGUAAGCGGCUAGUGGGCAGCUUCGACUUUGUGGACAACAAGGAGAAUGUGAGCUACAUCACGCUGUACGAUCCCAAGUCGAACAAUGAGCUGCCGGGCCUCAACGACUCGAUCAACAAGGAGGUGCUGGCUGGUGGCUACGGCAUGGUGCCCAAGAAGCUCAAGGCGUGGGAGCGCAGCAAGGCGUUUGAGCCAUACCUGAAGCACCUGCGCGAGGUGGAGAGCCAGGCGAAGCAGGAGCGCCGCGGCAUGUGGGAGUAUGGUGACAUCACGGAGGACUAGACUGGGCGAGCUCCCGUAUUGAGAGGAUGAAAGCGACUACCGUAUCUACGAUGUCGUCUGUCACAAUAAAUGAAGCAAGAGUCGAAAGUAAUAGGACAGUGAUGAGGAGCCCUGGUUCGGCGUGGUCCGUAUCAGAGCGAGCUUCCACACAGAAAUAAAAGACCUGCGCGAUCGACAGACGUUAUGAUGCUUUUGUCGCGCUGUGGAUAUUAAGACGAAGAGCCCGCUUGUCGGUCCACGGGUGCUCCAAUUUUACGUCGACGAUGGGGCGCGCCGGAACGGGUCUCACGAGUCACGACUCAGUCGGUCGACUGUCCUUCUGUCCUUGACGGGUGUCGCGAGGCUUACUGGUGCGAUGGUGUUGACUUUUGUUUUCUACGCUCGGCUCGUAGGGGAAGACUUGCCGGUAAGAAGGUUACCUAGUAGUUAGGGACAUGAUCGUGUGUUUAUUUGCCAUGAUAUCAUGAUGGUAUGCGGAUGAUGCUACACUGGAACCAUGUACGGGAUGACUACUAUUGGGAAAUGUAGCCGU